GAGAAAUGGAGAUAUGAGGGCUGAAAGGGAGCAGACGACAGGAAGCAGGGAGAGAAGCAUCGUCGAGAUCCAGUUCAGGGACACCCAGAGGGAGCAGGAGAGCGCCUCGGCCAACCAAAAACAGAAAGAGGAGAAAAAAGAAAUCUUCACUAAGGUUGUUAUUCGCCGGCUGCCACCCAGUCUAUCAAAAGACCAACUUGAGGAGCAUCUCAGUCCACUGCCUUCAUUUGACUAUUUUGAAUUCUUUCCAGCUGAUCAAAGUCUGUAUCCACAUCUUUUCUCCAGAGCCUACAUCAACUUUAAAAACCCUGAUGAUAUUGUUCUCUUCAGAGAUCGCUUUGAUGGUUACGUUUUCAUCGACAAUAAAGGCCAAGAGUAUCCAGCUAUUGUAGAAUUUGCACCUUUUCAGAAAGUUUCCAAGAAGAAACUCAAGAAGAAAGAUGCCAAGGCAGGAAGCAUUGAGGAAGACCCAGAAUACAAACGAUUUCUGGAGAACUACUCCUGUGAUGAGGAGAAGUCAAUGGCCAAUCCAGAAACACUGCUGGGGGAGAUUGAGGCUAAAACAAGAGAGCUCAUAGCUAAAAGGACAACACCACUUCUGGAAUACAUAAAGAACAAGAAGUUGGAAAAACAGAGAAUCCGGGAGGAAAAAAGGGAAGAGAGGCGCCGGAGAGAGCUGGAGAAGAAACGGCAAAGGGAAGAGGAGAAGAGGAAACGCAGGGAGGAGGAGAGGCGAAAGCGUAAGGAAGCAGAGAAACAGAAGAAACUCUCUGAAAAGGAGAUCAAAAUCAAGCUCUUGAAGAAAUGUGACAGGGAUGAUGAGGUGGACUCAGAUAGACUGAAAGAUAAAGGAGACAGUGGAGAGACAGAGAGGAACAAGUGGGAGAAACCUGCAGGACACAAGUCAAAGGAACCAAAGGACAAAGUUCAGCUGGAGAGUGAUAAGGAGCAGCGUGAAGGCCACGGCCGCCGGCAGAGGGACAAGGAGCACCGGGGUCGAGAAGAGGAGCGCAAACGGCAGCGACACCACUACGAGUUCGAUAAGUUCAUGCGGCGCAAGGAUGAGACCAAAUGGGGCAAAGGCUACUGUCAAGACAGGGCCAAGAAAGAUGGCCAUAAUCACAGUUACUCGUACUGCCCAGAGACAGGGGACAAGCUGGGCAAGGAGGACAGGGAUGACAUGGGGAACAGGAAAGAGCGCAUUCGCAAUAAGUCUGUGUUAGUGCAUCAGGAGAAAAGGACCUCCCAGUCUGAGGGGCCAGACCAGAUAGGAGGGGCUCUGCCAGCCAAGGACCGGCCUGCCAUGCAGCUGUACCAGCCAGGCGCCCGCAACCGCAAACGCAUGGGCUCCGGGAACAAAGCCUUUGACUUCAGCCCCAUCUCUCCAGAGUCCGGCACUGAACACUGCUACGAGCUUGCUAUAGGAACGGGCUCUGAGAAAAGUGGAGAUGAGUGACAGAAAAGCACCUUCAGUCGAGGCAGGGAGAAGGGCAAUAAUGCAGCUGAAGAAUCAGCUUGUUUAAUGAUGUUCUGUUUCCUUUAUGCUGUUGGUGAGUGUUGUGAAUGGAGCCAGGCUCCUCCCUCAUUCUCAUGCACUACAUCACCAGUAUGUACAGAUUCAUGAAUUGUUAGGUCAAUGUUCAUGAAGGCUACUGUAUGCUUGAUAUAUAUAUAUAUAUAUAUAAAUAUAUA